CCGGGGCGCUCCUGCCCCCUGGGGUUUCUCGGAGCUCCGGCUCUUGCCCGCUUUGCAGACCCCAGAGUCGGGUCUCCACCCCUGCCCGUGUCCGCCCCCUGUCCUACGCCCUCCCUCCCGACCGUGAGGCUGGAGCCUCCUCCCUGCCCCCUCAGCUUGUCCGGGAGGGGAAGGGGGCGGGCAGCACAGGGGGUGUGACAGCUCCCGCCCGGACCAUUGCCAGCUGCAGCCUCGCUUCAGUGCCCCGUGCCAGCUGGCUCUUUCGUCUGGGACGGAGGUGGAGGCUCGGGCUCCUUGUCGCCGAGGGGGGAGGCCCCCCGCGGGCCCCCAGCCCUCCACCCACCCAAGAGGAGCCUCUCCUCCCAGCCGGCCUCUGGCUGCUCUGGCGGUGGGUCCAGCUAGGAACUGGCCCUGGUCACUGCGCCCGGGACUCAGAGCCCGCAGCUCUCCAGGAUCCCCCUAUCGGAGCUGACGGGGCUCGCUGGGGAGCCUCCCGGCCUUUUGCUAGAGCCUGCAGGGCUGGACGAGCUAGAGAAGGAUCAUGAAGGUGGGCUGGCCAGGUGAGAGCCGCUGGCAGGUGGGCCUGAUUGUGGAGGACAGCCCAGCUCUGGGAGCACCACAGGUGGGAAGCCUACCAGACGUGGUGCCCGAGGGGACGCUGCUCAACAUGGUGCUGAGGAGGAUGCACCUGCCCCGAAGCUGCUCCUACCGGCUGCUUCUGGAGCACCAGCGCCCCAGCCGAAUCCAGGGGCUUCGCUGGACACCACUCACCAACAGCGAGGAGUCCCUGGACUUCAGUGUGAGCCUGGAGCAGGCUUCCACAGAGCGGGUGCUCAGGGCGGGGAAGCAGCUGCAUCGACAUCUCCUGGCCACCUGCCAGAACCUCAUCCGAGACAGAAAGUACCACCUUAGGCUCUAUCGGCAAUGCUGCUCAGGCCGGGAGCUAGUGGAUGGGAUCUUGGCCCUGGGGCUUGGGGUACAUUCACGGAACCAAGCCGUGGGAAUCUGUCAAGUCCUGCUGGAUGAAGGUGCCCUUUGCCAUGUGAAACAUGACUGGACCUUCCAGGACCGAGACACCCAGUUCUACCGUUUCCCGGGUCCAGAGCCGGAGCCCUCGGGAGUCCAUGAGCUGGAGGAGGAGUUGGUUGAGGCCAUGGCACUGCUCUCCCAGCGGGGACCGGAUGCCCUGCUCACUGUGGCACUUCGAAAGCCCCCAGGGCAGCGCACGGACGAGGAGCUGGAGCUCAUCUUUGAGGAGCUGCUGCACAUCAAGGCUGUGGCCCACCUCUCCAACUCGGUGAAGCGGGAAUUAGCAGCAGUUCUGCUCUUUGAACCCCACAGCAAGGCGGGGACUGUGUUGUUCAGCCAGGGGGACAAAGGCACCUCAUGGUACAUCAUCUGGAAGGGAUCCGUCAAUGUGGUGACCCAUGGCAAGGGGCUGGUGACCACACUGCAUGAGGGAGAUGACUUCGGACAGCUGGCUCUGGUGAACGACGCACCCCGGGCAGCCACCAUCAUCCUGCGAGAAGACAACUGUCAUUUUCUCCGAGUGGACAAGCAGGACUUCAACCGUAUCAUCAAGGACGUGGAAGCAAAGACCAUGAGGCUGGAAGAGCACGGCAAAGUGGUGUUGGUGCUGGAGAGAACCUCUCAGGGCACUGCCUCUUCUUGCCCCCCAACCCCAGGCAGGAACCGGUAUACGGUGAUGUCUGGCACCCCGGAGAAGAUCCUAGAACUGCUGUUGGAGGCCAUGAGGCCUGAUUCCAGUGCUCAUGAUCCAACAGAGACGUUCCUCAGUGACUUCCUCCUGACGCACAGAGUCUUCAUGCCCAGCACCCAGCUCUGCGCUGCCCUCCUGCACCACUUCCACGCGGAGCCCACGGGAGGCAGUGAGCAGGAGCGCAACAUCUACAUCUGCAACAAGAGACAGCAGAUCCUGCGGCUGGUCAGCCAGUGGGUGGCCCUGUAUGGCCCCCUGCUCCACACUGACCCCGUGGCCAGCAGCUUUCUCCAGAAACUCUCAGACCUGGUGAGCAAGGACGCCCGGCUUAGCAACCUGCUGCGGGAGCACUGGCCUGAGAGGCGGCGGCACCACCGGUUGGAAAAUGGCGGUGGGAGCGCAUCUCCUCAGAUAAAGGUGUCUGCUCGAAAUCGGCUCCUCUCGCCUCUGUCAGCCUCAGCUUCUUCCCUCUGCUCCCCCGUGACUGUAGGGUCCUCCUUCAUCCCCCAUCUGAGGGGUCCUGCGUGGAAGGUGAAGCUUGUUCCCACCUCAGGGCCCGGACCUUUCUUUCUCUGGCUCUUUGACUACCUGGAUCCUUCCUAUCGUUCUGAUCUCAACCAGAGUGUUGGGUUUCCAGAGAGGCCCCUUUCCAUCUCUCUAUGCAGAGCAGCCCUCCACUGGCCACUGGCCUGCAAGGCCCGGAACAUGUCUGUUUGGCUCCCCGGCCCGGAUGAGUCCCUCCCCAGCAGCAACUGUGCCAUCCGAGUUGGAGACAAAGUCCCCUAUGACAUCUGCCGGCCAGACCACUCGGUGCUGACCCUGCAGCUGCCUGUGACGGCUUCAGUGAGGGAGGUGAUGGCGGCGUUGGCCCAGGAGGAUGGCUGGACCAAAGGGCAGGUGCUGGUGAAGGUCAACUCUGCAGGCGAUGCUAUUGGCCUGCAGCCAGAUGCCCGUGGUGUGGCCACAUCCCUGGGGCUCAACGAGCGGCUCUUUGUUGUCAACCCACAGGAAGUGCAUGAGCUGACCCCACACCCUGAGCAGCUGGGGCCCACGGUGAGUUCUGCUGAGGGGCUGGACCUGGUGAGCGCCAAGGACCUGGCUGUCCAGCUGACGGACCACGACUGGAACCUCUUCAACAGCAUCCACCAGGUAGAGCUGAUCCACUAUGUGCUGGGCCCCCAGCACCUGCGGGACGUCACCACCGCCAACCUGGAGCGCUUCAUGCGCCGCUUCAACGAGCUGCAGUACUGGGUGGCCACGGAGCUGUGUCUCUGCCCCGUGCCCGGCCCCAGGGCCCAGCUGCUCAGGAAGUUCAUUAAGUUGGCCGCCCACCUCAAGGAACAAAAGAACCUCAACUCCUUCUUUGCCGUCAUGUUUGGCCUCAGCAACUCGGCCAUCAGCCGCCUGGCCCACACCUGGGAGCGGCUGCCCCACAAAGUCCGGAAGCUGUACUCGGCCCUGGAGAGGCUGCUGGACCCCUCAUGGAACCACCGAGUGUAUCGACUCGCCCUCACCAAGCUCUCCCCUCCUGUCAUCCCCUUCAUGCCCCUCCUUCUCAAAGACAUGACCUUUAUCCAUGAGGGAAACCACACUCUGGUGGAGAAUCUCAUCAACUUUGAGAAGAUGAGAAUGAUGGCCAGAGCUGUGCGGAUGCUGCACCACUGCCGAAGCCAUAGCAAUGUGCCUCUCUCACCACUCAGAAGCCGCGUCUCCCACCUCCAUGAGGACAGCCAGGCAGCGAGGGUUUCCACGUGCUCGGAGCAGUCCCUGAGCACCCGGAGUCCAGCCAGCACCUGGGCUUAUGUCCAGCAGCUGAAGGUCAUCGACAACCAGCGGGAACUGUCCCGCCUCUCCCGGGAGCUGGAACCUUGACGAGGGGGCUGGGCUGGAGCAGCAGGCACUUCCCACCUGGAAAGCCAGGGCACGCCUGGGCCCAGGGGCCCGCAGGCCGGCCGCAGCUGGGCAGGGCUCUCCGAGGAAUGGACUUGAGGCCCUGGAUCGGGCAGCGUGGAGGCAUCUGUCCCCUGUCAUGAUUGUCGGCCGAGGAGGACCUCAGAGUGGAAUGCGCGGAGGCCCAAGCCAAGGAACGGGGGAUAGAGAGGCCAGAGUGGGUGGGAGAGCAGAGCAGGCGCUGGGACUCUGUGUUCAAUAGAGAGCUCUCCACACCAGGUUUUUUCCAGACUCUGUGCCUCGUGGCUUUGUUGUCCAGCCAUCUCCUGGCCCCUGUGGUGUGUUUGCACAGUGGACUGCGAGUGUCUGCAU